GAACUGGGUCAAGUAUCUGAAUUGUGACGAUCCAGCCGUUCAGUCCUAUCCGUAAGCCCUCUUAUACCUGUUGAUGGGCCGAUAGAAUAUUCCAUAAAAGCCGCCCUAUCCGAACCACCUACCUUAGUCCCACAUUGACAUACGGCGGUUGACAUAAACUUCAGCGGAGCCGAAAGCAGUUUGAGGUUGAGCCAGGAGAGCACCAAACCAGCCUGACUGUCAUGCUACGUACCAUCUCCAUCACAGCUGCCCCAUACAUCAGUUCCAGGCAUCUGUUUGCCCUAUAGGCUGCCAGCAGAUCAGCUGCGACUUCCUCCGGGCCGCCCAAUGUGCAUCCGAUGCGCUUGUGCCGGCACCGUCAUGUCAAGAAUCCCGGUGGGAAGAGAGUCAAAAGACAAGGAGAUACAGCGACACAGAGAGAAACUAGGUCUACGCCGCCGCCGGCCUCGUGAUCUGUCGGCUACAAGAUAUUGCAUCUGGACGUGCCUCGAAUCGCCAGUUACGAACCCCGCCCUAGUCCUAAAUCGUGGACGAUCAAACUGGCUGCGUUUGUGCGAGUUUGACGGCCUGGGCAGCAGGCGUCAGUGCCCUAAACGCAUCUGCCGACAGCCAUUGACCAACCAUGUCCGCCCGAAAGGCCCCGACAGCCCCGUUCCCGACAAGGUUAUCAAUCUACUUGCCCUUUUCAUCACAGCCGGCAGGAUAAAGUUGGGACGACAGGCGGUACGAAAAAAAAAAAAAGGAAAACCCCGUAGUGCGAAAGUAGUAUCAAACAUACGGCGAAAAGGUUGGGUGAGAGCCUAGAGGGGACGCGUUUCCCCCCACGAGUCCAAAGAUAUGCGUACCUAAACAGGACUGGUCUUCUCUGUUGUGUAAUAUGUUUUGGCAGCACUACGAGAUUGUGAUCGCCAACAUGGCAACAAAACUUUUCC